AUUUGUGUUACUUAGUACCUUGAUUAUUAAUAUUCUUCUAAGGAGGUUACAUUGAGGAUUGGUUAUAUAUAUAUAAAUGUAGGAAAACAGCAACCGUUUUUCAAAAAUAGAGUGAUCUUUCCUCUUUGGUUUUGCAUUUGUUUCAAGACUCACAAUAACCAUGUCUAAAUCUUUUCUUCUCUUCACGAUUAUUGUUGUUAUUAGCUUUGGUUUGUGGGUUCUUUAUGCAUCUGCAGAGCUUCAGAGAUUUACACAAAUAUGUAAAAGUGACGGUUCUCUUGAUUUUUUGGUGGUUGGUGAUUGGGGAAGAAGAUGUGAAUAUAACCAAUCUGAAGUUGCUUACCAGCUACUGCAUGAAAACUGCUUGAAGAGGAAAGUACCUACUAGUGAACAGGGCAGUGAUAAAAACAAUGGAGCUCAUAAUGGAUGAUCACACUACUCAUGAAAUUUGAUAUUUUGUAACUAAGUAUAUAGAAGUAGAUAUGUGACACUUGUUGGAAUGACAAUUCUUAUUUACUUGUUAUGACUAUUUUUUGGUACUUUGUCAU